CAAAAGAGAAGAGAGAAAAGAGGUGAUUGAAAGAUAACAAUUGAGAGGGUGUGUGAAGGAUGGAAACAAAGAAAGCAAGAGAAUGGGUUAAGGAGUGAUAGAGAAAACAAAUAAAAAAGGAAAGAGGGAGUGAGAGAGAGACAGGAGUAGCGAGAGGGAGAGGCUGACUAGGGAAUCAAAUUUCAUUCUGACAUCACACGUCUUCAUUGAGAGAAGGCUGAGAGUGGGAAUCCUACUGCAAGGCACUGCUAACACACAGAGUAGCGUUUCUGUUCAUUAAACAGAAUAGCUCCCUACAGGAGACGGACCUACUUGUCACAGAAACUGCAGCACUUCACAGCAGUUUAAACGGGUCAGCUGGGACAAGAAUACUGAAGAUUUACUGACCAGGGUAUUGCAAAAGGUGCCAACAAGAAGAUAAAAAGUCUGGCUGUGAAGUGAUGGGUUUUUCUAUGAGAAGAGGACCAAACAGCUAAUUGGAAAUGCGAUGCUUGGUGGGCCAAGCCUUCUGCUCUGGAGCGCUGGUUCUGCUGUAUCUGAGCUUGUUCUCCUUGCAACCAAUCUCAACAGCUCCUGGAAGCCCGGAUUACCUGCAACGUGGCUGGAAGAGGCUGCUGGAGGAAGGGGAGAGCUGUGCUGACUGCCAGCCAGACGACUGCCCAGCUCCAAGAGGAUGUUUGUCGGGGGUGGUGAUAGACCACUGUGACUGCUGCUGGGAGUGCGCCAAUCUGGAGGGGCAGAUCUGUGACUUGGACAACACCAACCACUUCUAUGGGAAGUGUGGGGAGAACCUGGAGUGCAGGCUGGACCUUGGAGACCUGUGGGAAGGGGAGGUCCCAGAGCCUCAGUGCACCUGCGUCUCCAAUAAGGCAGUCUGUGGCUCUGAUGGCAAGACCUACCCACAGAUCUGCAAAUUCCAAGAGGCAGCCAAUGCCCAGCCUCGUGCCAACCUGACAGUGUCCCACGAGGGUCCGUGUGAAGCAGCUCCCCACAUCAUCUCACCACCCUAUGACAUAUGGAACCUGACUGGGAGGGAUGUCAUUUUUGGCUGCGAGGUCUUUGCCUACCCCAUGGCUUCCAUUGAGUGGAGAAAGGAUGGGACAGAAAUGUUUCUGCCUGGAGAUGACCCGCAUAUAUCUGUUCAGUUUAGGGGCGGUCCCCAGAAGUAUGAGGUGUCAGGCUGGCUGCAGAUCCAGCAAAUUCGGCUGACGGAUGAGGGAACUUACCACUGCUAUGCGAAGAACCGACAUGGGGAAGUGGCAGCGAAGGCCAGUUUAACUGUUAUCCCGCCAGACCAGAUGAAUCUGACUGCACUUCACCUGCUUAGAUUACCCCAUCACCAAGAGGAAGACUACUCCGACGCUGAGGACUUUGAUGACUAUUAUUAAACCAGCCUCACAGAAAUCUGUCUCGGACUACUCAGGUUGAAUCCUAUCAGGAAAAACUAUUCAUUUUGGUCCUCAUUCUAGAGCAGGAGUGAGCAAUCGAUUUCACUUUUCUAGUUACAUGGUCCUGGUGUUCCCUUCUAAACCCAAUAUUGCAAUUUUUUUGCGAGUACGGUCCUGUCUCUGCCACGUCCUGCCAAUUAGAAUUGGGCAGCAGUGUGGAGUAGUGGUCAGGGCUCUGGACUCUUGACCGGAGGGUCGUGGGUUCAAUCCCAGUUAGGGGACACUGCUGCUGUACCCUUGAGCAAGGUACUUUACCUAGAUUGCUCCAGUAAAAACCCAACUGUAUAAAUGGGGAAUUGUAUGUAAAAAUAAUGUGAUAUCUUGUAACAAUUGUAAGUCGCCCUGGAUAAGGGCGACUGCUAAGAAAUACAUAAUAAUUGUUUCUGAAGGUGCUUCCUAUUACAUUAUUGUAUUAACAAGAUGAGGUCUGUAAAAAAAAUAACUUGUAACAUUCCAUUUUUUUCUUCAGACAUGAUUAGUUACAUGUGCCAUGUUGAGUGAUCUUGGUGUGAUUUAUCAUGUAUGGUAGCUAAACUUGAAUUUUUAAAUUAUUCAAAGACUGGACAAUUUGUUUUGCUUGUUAUUGUAUUUCAAUGCAAAUCUAGGCUGAAACUGUCUCUGUAUGAUUUCCUCUGUCUGCCUAAAGCUUUUUUUUUUUCAGUGUUACCAGAAGUGGACAUAGUAUUUCUGUGCUGUUUGCUCCAGUUUUGUUUAACAUAUUUAUUGUUUUCUUGGUAUGUUCCUGUCUUUCAGAUAUGACAUAACAGCAUGGUCAGUUGUUGAUUCUACUAUUCCCAAUAUUUUUAUUAAAAUAAAUUUGUAUAUGUAUUUCAAAUUAUAUUAUUUAUGUACUGUGCAUAUUCAUUCUUAUUUUAAUAAAACAUAAGUGUACUGAU